AUGUCAUACAAUACUCUACUUCCGGUCGGCUUCCAUAUGCUAUGACAGUAGUAAUGUCACGUCGCCUCGCUGUUGUUUCGUAAAUAAGUCACUAAUGAAUUUGACAAAAUAUGUCGUCCAACUUGACAUUAGACCUCGAAGACCAUCGACGUUGUUUCAUGAUGGGCAGCGAAGGAACUGGCUUUUCUAUGGACCACGGAAGCGAGUGGGACCUCAGUCUUUUUGAUGAGCUGGACUCCCUGGGAGAUGCAGACGAAUUGCUAAGGGCUCUCGACAACGUGGACUAUACCAACGGGGUUCCACAAUUUGACUUUGAUAUUGCCAUACCUCCAUGGCCUGAAGGGUACACAAGCAGCACCUGCACAGAUGGUGAUGUGAGCGUGCACUCUCUGUCACCUGCUCACACUGUCAGCUCGCUCCCUUCCCCCUCAGCUGCGGAAGCCCGAUCACCAUACGUCUUACACGAUGAGGCUCUGUCUCCACAAUCGCAGCUCUCGCCGGUGUCGGUGUGCUCCGAGUCCAGUGGCUUUUCUGAAAUCCCUCCCCAGGCCAAGAAAGCCCCAAAGAGAAACAGCCAGAACACAAGAGCCAAAGCAGCACAGCCAGUCAAGCGGCCCAUACAGAAUACCUCCAAAGUGUCCAUCCAGCCUAAACCGGUCAUUGCAGCUGUGUCAUUGGCUCAUGCAGCUGCUACCCUGCAGCCUAAGACCAUCAUCAUCCAGCCCCUCCAGACCACAGUACUGCCUGUGGUCAAGGCAGCUCCAAUCAGCAUCCAGCCAGCGCCCUCCCCAGGUCAGCCCAUCAUGCUGUCUCAACCGAGCCAGUUGCUACAGAUCAAAACCCCCCAGGUCGGCGUGGUUGCCAUGCCGACCCUGGGCCAGGACAGUUCCGUCACUGCUCCACCCAUGGUCUCCGUCACGCUUCAAAGCCCUUCUCCGGAUGACGACUCAAAGUUGUCCCAGCGGCAGCAGCGCAUGAUAAAGAACCGCGAGUCAGCGUCCCUAUCUCGGAAAAAGAAGAAAGAGUAUCUGCUCACGCUGGAGGCCCGCUUGCAACUGGCGCUGUCUGAGAACGCGGUGCUCAAGAGCGAGAACGGCAACCUCAAGAAGCAACUGGAAGGCCUGCUGAGUGAGAAUUCAGUGCUGAAGUCAACGGCUCCGAAGAGGCGAGCUGUGUGUCUCAUGGUGGUCUUGGUCUUCCUCGUGCUUAGCGUUGGACCAAUAAGUCAGCUUCAAGGCAACACAGACUCUGGGCUGGAGGUUGUGGCCGUGCAGCACGGCCGACACUUGUUGGGUUUCUCCCCAGAAACGGACACCGAGGCCCCCGGGAAUGGCGCCGCCGAGGUGGCCGACAGCUCUGAGGACAAGGCCCUGAUGGUGGUGAAGGAGCUGAACUUCCUCCGGCCACCGGCGCCAUGCCAGCCUCCUGUUAAUCGGACCAAGUGUUUAGAGUUGGCCCAUGAUUUGAAGGGGUGGGUCCACCGUCAUGAGGUAGAGCUGACCAAAUCCAGGCGCAUGAGUAACAACCACCUCAAGCACUCCAGGACCAUUCUGAAAACAGAAAAUAAGGAUGCAGAAAGCUCCCAGAUUGUGACCGUCAGAUACACAAAAACCGACGAAGACAAGACCCCUGGCCGUGAGCUACAAGUGUACUACGCACCCCAUCACACGUACAACGACUUCUUUGGCGAGAUCAACAGGCGUGGUGACACUUUUUACAUAGUGUCUUUCCGCAGGGAUCAUCUGCUACUUCCUGCCACCAACCACAAUAAAGGAAGUCGCCCCAAGAUGUCUGUAGUGUUGCCAGCCAUGAACAUAAACGACAGCAUCAUUGGAGACAAGGAGUUCGAGGUGAUGAUGCAGAUCGAUUGCGAAGUGACGGACACCCGGAUCCUCCACAUCCGCUCGGACAGCAUCCCGCCGAUGCUGCGCGUCAACCGCACACAGACGUUUUACCAGCGCUCGCCGACCGACGCCCAGACCGCCCCUCCCGUCGGCGUGCUCAUGGGCUCUGCUUAGGAUUCUCCGUGGAGCAAAGAAGAUAUUUCCCCUUUCUUUCUGAGUGGAAAUUAAGCGGACACCUCCUUUUUUUAUCGGGCCUGAAUUCCAGAGGUGGUGCGAGCCGGCUCGUUGUGUGGCUGCACAUAAGCCCAGACGUCCCACGUAGGAUAAUUGCUCAACAGCAGGGGGCUGAGCACUGAACCCUGAGUCACCCCGUCUCACACACACACACACACACACACAUGCCUUUUCACCAUCGCAGCUCUCUUCAGAUCUUUUUGUUCCUCGUUUCUGGAUCAACUAGACUUAAAAAAAAAAACUAUACUUCGAUGUGUACAAAAAAUCCAAACAAAACGUAAACUGUUCCUAUCUAUUGUUGCAUUAUUUAGAAGACAUAUGUGUUUAUUUAUAAAAUAAUGCUAAAUAGAAAAGCUGAGAGCGCAUGACCACUAUGUUUUUCUCUGAUGUUGAUCAAUGUUGUUUUGUUUUUGUUUUUAUACACUUGGGAUAGGCUCCAGCGACCCCGCCCGCCACCCCGAAAGGGACAAGCGGUAGAAAAAAUGGAUGGAUGGACAUUUGGGAGUGUUCUCAAACAGAUUCAGGUUCUGUACAUAUUUGUUUCUAUUCAUAAACAUUAAUAUAGAUAUUUUAUUUGGGGGAUUUUAAUCAAGUUUGUGUGUAUUACCAAAAGAAACGGCUAAAGAGAAAAAAAAAGGCUAAAUUGCACUUUUUGUAUUUGUUAGAAAAUAUGUAACGGGACUUAUGAAAAUGUUAUAGUAGUCUGCACUGCAGCACAAAUGCCCCUUCUUGAAUUUUUUAUUUAAUAUUAAAAAAUAAAUGGUUUAUUUUCAUGCAGUCACUUAUGCUCAAAGUCAGGGUUAGGCCACCUUUUUCAGUUUUAUAAAUGUAUGAUUUUUUUUAUUUUAUAUUAUUAACCGCUCCCCUUGUUUAUACAAAUUGCACAGCAGGCCAGAUAAAAUGCUGUCGUGUACCAUUUUCCGCCCAUGGGCCACAGGUUGCCUACCCUCUGUACUGUGAUUGUAAACAUCUACUUUCCGCAAACUAGAUGUUUCCACUGCAAGUCAAUUGUGCUUUUCGUUUAAAAUAAACACUGGAUUUUA